AUUUCUCGUUUUCAAAGCGAAGCAGUUUCAGCAAAGCCUACUCGAAGAAAAGUCUACUCAGCCAUCACCAAGCCUUGAUUUUUUGGAUAAGCUUUUACUCAAUUUGGAAAGUGAAUGAAGGGAGUCGAGCAGCAGCAGUUGAAUUUGCCCGCGGGAUUCAGGUUCCACCCCACCGACGACGAGCUCGUCGUUCACUAUCUCUGCCGGAAGUGCGCCGGCCAGCCGAUUUCCGUCCCCAUCGUCGCCGAGAUCGAUCUCUACAAAUUCGAUCCAUGGCAGCUUCCUGAAAUGGCGCUUUACGGUGAAAAGGAGUGGUAUUUCUUCUCUCCAAGGGACCGGAAGUAUCCAAACGGGUCGCGGCCGAAUCGGGCGGCGGGAACCGGUUACUGGAAGGCGACCGGCGCCGAUAAGCCGGUGGGGAAGCCGAAGACUCUGGGAAUCAAAAAAGCUCUGGUUUUCUACGCCGGAAAAGCUCCCAAAGGAGUCAAAACCAAUUGGAUUAUGCACGAGUACCGACUCGCAAAUGUCGAUCGCUCCGCCGGAAAACGCAGUAAUUUGAGGCUUGACGAUUGGGUGUUGUGCCGAAUAUACAACAAGAAGAGGACUCUUGAGAAGCACUACAAUGUGGAUGAGAAGGAAGUGCAGUUCUCGGACAGCGAGGAUCAGAAGCCGAAUGUGAUGGCGGAUCCGAUGAUGAAUGGGUAUAUUAUGCAGCAACAACAGCAGCAGCAGCAACAGCAGCAUUUCGAUUCGUCUGAGUCGAUGCCAAAGGGGAAUGCUACAGACUCCAGCAGCUCGGAGCAUGUGCUUUCGUCUUCCCCUGAGUUUAAGGAGGUGGAGAGCCAGCCCAAGUGGAGUGAGUUGGAGACGUAUCUCGAUACACAGUUCAACUUCAUGGAUGCUGGAUUUCAAGAUAACAUGUUUAAUCCCCAAAUGCAGUAUAAUGACCAGUUCCCAUUCUACUCGGACAUGUAUGCUUUCAUGCAGAAGCCCUUCUAAACUACCUACUUGUUGUAUACUGAUUCAUUUGGCUCAGCCUGAAAAGGAAAAAGGCCCUACAAAGUAUCUAUGCACGUUGAAGAACCUCGAUGAUGAUGAUCUGAGACUAGCCCGUGGAGUGGAGAGUUGGCUGCGGGUCGGGUUGAAGGUGGAGUUUGGGUUAUGGUACAAGUAGGGAUAUUCUUGUAUGGUUUGAAGUAGACCAUUUGAAUAUGUUAGCUCAUAUAUUCAUUUUUUCCUUUUUUGUGUUUUAGAAUGUAGCAUUCAUGCAAUGGGUCACAAGAUACAAUAAUAUCUGGUUUAGUACAAGUAAA